UGGUGGGUUGUUUGUAAAUAGAAAGUGUCGGAAAAUAGUUCGAAUAGAUUGUCAAUAUGUCGGGACCAGUAACUACAGAUACUGUUUUACCUUUAGAACUCAUCGACCAAUGUAUAGGCUCACGGAUUCAUAUUAUAAUGAAGGAUGAUCGUGAACUCGUUGGUACGCUUAGGGGUUUUGAUGAUUACGUGAACAUGGUUCUUGUUGACGUCACCGAAUACGAAACGUCUUCAGAUGGCCGAAGGGUCACCAAGCUCGACCAGAUCAUCUUAAAUGGAAAUAACAUUACCAUGAUGGUUCCUGGUGGAGAAAUUCCGGAUGCCUAACUCUUUGCUCACUUUUUGUAUAUGAAAGCUAAUUUUUCGCAUUCAAUAAAUUUACAUUCUUUAUAUCUAAGCUUUACUUUGUUUUCACUUGCCUCAAAUAAAUUCUACGCGAAGAUCAG